CUUAAACGCCGAAACAUCAGCACGAUGAAGCUCACUUGCGUCUUCCCACUUAUCUUUGCCUUCAUUAUCGCCGCCUUGCCCACCGGAGAGCCUCCGACCUCCUGCGGACGCAUGCUCUUACGCGACCGAGUCUGGGGAACCUACCCGGACGCAGCAAACUUGACGACGGACGGGAACUGCCACCACUGGAAGUACAAAGAUUACGAGUCAUGGGUCUACUACAUUGAUUCUCACUGUCUAUGCACAUUCCACAAGAAAGAUGACUGUUCUGAUACCUACAAGACGGUCAAAACGGACAGUGCCAAUGUUACCUCGGGUACAGAUUCCUUCAUCAAAGGAUUCAAGUGCACAAAGCUUCCCUCUAUCCAUGACGGCAACUGAGGCGCAUCACUUGCCGAAGGUCGGUGAAUCUUGAGGAAUGCAUCUGGGAGCGGUCGGUAACGAACGGGCUUUGGCGGGGGGACUGACUGAUGGUCUUUCACUGAGGGAACGGAUGGAACGGCGAGAUGUGGGAGGUCGGAUACCUC